AUGCUUUCGCUGUUCUCGUGCUGUUAUCGGCCAUUUUGGCGGAGACGGCAAGUUUGGAAAGAGAAAGAAGAAGCCGCCAGGAAUCUUGAUCAACUUCCCUCGUGGACUGCACCUGAUAACACACUAAUUCUGCAAGCCUUUGAAUGGCAUAUGCCUGCCGAUCGACGCCAUUGGGCUCGAUUGAAGGCUGCAUUGCCCGAGUUCAAGGCGAUAGGUGUUGAUCAAUUAUGGAUUCCUCCUGGGUGCAAGGGGAUGGAUCCCUCCGGCAAUGGCUAUGAUAUCUACGAUCUUUAUGAUCUGGGGGAGUUUGAUCAAAAGGGUGCCGUCUCGACGAAGUGGGGCACUAGACAAGAGUUGGAGGACUUGAUAUGCCAAGCUCAGGCUUUGGACAUCAAGAUCAUUUGGGAUGCUGUGCUUAAUCACAAAGCAGGUGCUGAUUUCCCGGAGAGUUUUGAAGCGGUGGAAGUAGAUGCUAAGAGAAGGGACAUUGAGGUAUCUGAGCCCCUCGAGAUAGAUGGCUGGGUGGGCUUUGAUUUCCGUGGCCGCGGCGAUGUGUACAGUUCCAUGAAGUAUAACUGGCAGCAUUUCAGCGGCGUCGACUGGGAUGACAGGCGCAAACACCAGGCAAUCUACAAAAUCCAUGCUCCCCACAAGGACUGGGCCACCGACGUGUCCGGGGAAAACGGGAACUAUGACUACCUCAUGUUCGCCGAUCUGGACCUUUCCCACCCUGAAGUCCGCAAAGACGUUCUUCAAUGGGGAACAUGGAUUACUGAAACGUUAUCACUCAGCGGGAUGAGGCUGGAUGCAGCAAAGCAUUUCUCAGCGAAAUUCCAAAAAGAUUUCGUGGACCAUAUUCGCAGGACUGCCAAUCCGGAUUUCUUCGUGAUCGGGGAGUACUGGACUGGGGACGUAAAGGCCAUUGUGAACUACUUGGAGGAGCUUGAGCACAAAAUUGCGGCUUAUGACGUUCCACUGGUCGAAAAGUUCUCAAAGCUGUCGCAUGCACGCGAGGCUGACCUACGUGGUAUUUUCGCGGAUACUUUGGUACAACGCAGGCCGGACCAGGCGGUGACUAUUGUGGCCAAUCACGAUACGCAACCAGGGCAAAUGCUCGAGACCCCCGUGGCAUCGGAUUUCAAACUGUUAGCCUAUUGUUUGACACUACUCCGUAAAGAAGGCCUUCCCUGUGUAUUCUGGGGCGACCUAUACGGUAUCCGUGGGAAUGCCGCGCGCCCGAUUACGCCUGCAUGCAAUGGCAAGCUUCCAAUCUUGACUAAAGCACGAAAACUAUAUGCCUACGGCGAGCAGGAAGAUUACUUCGACCAACCCAACUGCAUCGGUUUCGUUCGCUAUGGGAAUGCUCGUCACAAUUCUGGUCUUGCCUGCAUUAUCAGCAAUUCGGGCGCAGCCAAGAAGCGCAUGUUCAUUGGUCGGCGCAAUACGAACCAGCGGUGGAUAGAUAUCUUGGGCCACCGGCCAGGGGCGGUCAUUAUCGACAAAUGGGGUUAUGGGCUUUUCACCGUCAACGCGAUGAGUGCCAGUGUCUGGGUUGAUUCAGCCGCAGUCAGUUGUGGUGAUAUCGAGGAGAAGUUCCACGUAAACAUUUACGACUCUUAA